AUGCCACCAAAGCGCAUGUUCAUCACCGGGGCCACCGGAUAUCUGGGCCAGGUCUUGACCGAGUUCGCCAUCGCUCAGGGGUAUACCGUCCGUGGGUUAUCACGUAAGGAAGCCAACGACACGAAGCUCACAAGGCUAGGCGCAACCCCCGUGCGCGGCGACCUCGAGACCCUCGACGUCCUCGAAGCCGAGUCCGCCCAGGCCGACAUAGUGAUCCAUCUGGCCGACGCCCUCCUGGGGCUAGGCUUUGACACGCCAUACGACAAGGUGCUAGCCAUCGACGCCGCCGCAGUAGACGCCAUGGUCGCGGGCUUGCAGUCCUCCAGCGACGAGGCCAAGACCCUCAUCACCACAUCCGGCACCCUGAUGGCCCGGCCGGACCCGAACGGCGAGGAGACGAGCGAGGAUGCGCCCAACAACCUCGACUCGCCCAUCACGCGGUACAAGGCGUGGGACCACGCUAAGGCCGUGGCUGAGAAGGCCGGCGUGCGGGUCAUGUGUGUCCGCCUCGCGCCAUUUGUCUACGGGCGCGGCGGCAGCGGGAUCACGAUGUUCAUGCAGGGGGCCGCGACUUCGAAGGUCGCGAUAUACGUGGAUGGCGGGUCCACGCGCACGACGACGGUGCAUGUUGACGAUGCGGCGAGGCUGUAUCUGUUGGUCGCUGAGAAGGGCAGGAGUGGAGAAGCGUACAAUGCUUCUGGCGAAACGAACGUUACGAUGAAGGAGCUCCAGGAGGCUAUUGCGGAGACUGUGGGUGUUCCGGCUUUGAACCUCUCCAAGGAGGAUGCGUUGGCUAAGAUGCCGCCUUUCUUCGUCAACUUCCUGGUUUCGGAGAACAGGGGAUCGAAUAAGAAGGCUGUGUCGGAGUUGGGCUGGCAGCCAACAGAGCCGGGUAUCAUUGACGAGAUUCGGAAAGGAUCAUAUGUUGAAGUUGCGAAGACUCUGCCCAAAGGAGAAUGA